AUGGAGCAGAACCCCAACUACAUCAAAUUCAUGCAUGAAGUGCUAUACAGGAACAAAAGGCUAGGUGAGUUCAAAACUGUUACGCUGACUGAAGGUUGCAGUGCUAUGGCCACAAGCAGACUGCCGCCAAAGCUCAAAGAACCAGGGAUCUUAACUAUCCCCUAUAGCAUUGGUGACCAGUUUGUUGGUAAAGCUUUAUACCUCUUUUGUGUCAGCAUUAACUUAAUGACCUUGUCUAUUUUUAGAAAAUUUGGAAGUGGAGAUGGAAGACCAACAACUAUAAUGCUAUGGCUUGCUAAACGGUCCACUGUAGAUCCAAGUGGAAUAACGAAAAAUAUGCUGGUUAGAGUGGAUAAGUUCAUAUUCCAGUUGACUUUAUUAUACUCGACUGCGAAGCUAAAAAAGUUCAAUAUCUUUGGAAAAUCCUUUCUUUCUACAGGGCAAGAACUAAUCGAUGUAGAAAAGGAAGAACUCACUAUGCGUUUAAAUGAUGAAUACAUUACUUUCAAUGUUUUGAAAAAUGUUUCUUAUAUGGAUGAUAUUGUUAAGUGUAAUAGUAUUGAUGCUUUUGAUGUUUCUGUACAUGAGCAUUUAGAUGAAAACUACAACAUCAAAAUUGUUAAAUCUAAUGUUAUAAUAAUUGAAGAAAUUGAGGAAAAUGAGGAAGGAAAUGUCAUGCAACACUUUGAGUUAUUGGACCUUCAUGAUCAAUUGAUUCAAGCCCCAAAGACAUUCAUAGAAGAACCACCUAAGCAUGAGCUUAAACCCUUACCCAACCAUUUGAGAUAUGUUUUUCUUAGAGAAAAUGAUACUUUUACAGUCAUUAUUGUAGCAAAUGUUUAUAGCAUCUCAAGAUGA